UUCUCAAGCCCAUGGGUUAGUCUCAUCAAAGCCCAAUCAAAGCUUCCCCAAGAAAAAAAAGAAUUAAGAUGAACAAACAAAAAAAAAAAACACUUAAGAGGAAAGAUCUGGCCACUUCAACACAACGAUCGACGAAUACAAUCGGAAAAUUUGAAAUCUCGUCGAUGAAGAUGACUGCUAAGAUUCGCCGUGUAUUCCCGACGGCGUUCCUUCUGUUGUUUCUGGUUCCGGUCGGUGAGGCGGUGUGGCUAGAUGUGCCUCCCACCGGAACAAAGUGUGUAUCUGAAGAAAUCCAGAGCAAUGUCGUCGUUUUGGCUGAUUACCUCAUCAUCUCCGAGGAUCACGAAGUCAUGCCCACUAUCUCCGUCAAGGUGACGUCCCCGUAUGGCAACAAUCUGCACAACAUGGAAAACGUAACGCAUGGCCAAUUUGCAUUUACAACCCAAGAAUCCGGUAACUACUUGGCAUGCUUUUGGGCUGAUGCAAAGAGUCACGGAAACAAAAAUGUUAGCAUCAACAUUGACUGGAAAACUGGAAUCGCUGCUAAGGAUUGGGCCUCUGUUGCUAAGAAAGAGAAGAUCGAGGGUGUUGAGCUGGAGAUCAGGAAACUAGAAGGCGCAGUGGAAGCCAUCCAUGAAAAUCUACUCUACCUAAGAAACAGAGAAGCAGACAUGAGGACAAUGAGUGAGAAAACGAACUCGCGGGUGGCUUGGUAUAGUAUAAUGUCGCUAGGUGUUUGCAUUGCUGUCUCUGGUUUACAGGUACUCUACUUGAAGCAGUACUUUGAGAAGAAGAAGCUUAUAUAGAGAUUCACUGAUAUUCAGUUCCUUUAAAGAGAGUUUCUUCUUAAAGAAUAAUAUUCAAUUCAUCUCCUUUCCUUCUUGUUUGUUUACACGCCUCCUUUUUACUGACGCUGUAAAAUUUUGUUCAAGGAUUGUUUCUGUAGUAGCUUUUCUCUGAUAAGAAUUCAUUAUUUCUGAUUAUGAAAUAAAAAAUAAUUAACUUGUUUA